ACGCGCAUAGCCAAGUGGGUUCAGUACGAUUUCCUUAAUCAGUUCUCGUUGAGCAAUUAAACGAAGUCAUUCACCGACUAGGACGAACGUAUUUUAUGAACCUUCCAGUCUUAUCUUCUGACAGAUUGGUGACACUCCGACCAAGCGGUGCAGCUCUGUCGCAUGGCAAACUAAAGAAUAAUAACUGCAAUAUACUAUACCUUAAUACGCGUCACUUUAUAAUAUUAUAUAACAGACAGUUGGUUUUGUCCGUUUUUCAUUUUCGUCUCAUAUAUAUUUUCGUUUGGUUACCCGUGUGCAUGCGAACGAUGCUAUAUUUCGUACUCGGGUCUCCGAGCACUGCCGCCGUCUAUCGUCGUGUAAACGUGCGCCGGCAAACGUCUUCUGCGCUGUAUCGUCUCGCCCGGUCACAUUAACCACCUCCUACCGCAGACACCACGUCGUCAGCUGAACUUAACGUUUUCCGGACCACGUUGGAAUUUUCGACAAUGGAGGUUGGUUUUACGGUGAAAAUAGGAGUGGCGAUGAUAUUGCUUUGUAUGGCUAAGACAGCAAACCUAAAACAACUCGAUAAUCUGCUAAUGACUAAAGUAAAAUGUCCCAAACAAUGUGCUGUUUGUUCUUCCGUCGAAAUGCUCUGUUCUGGUGCCAACAUCACUGAUGUCCUAAAUUAUGAUAUGGAUCCUCAAAUAGAAAAUGUAGACUUUUCACAAAUGCUAUUGAACUUUAUUCCACUCGAAGUAUCAUACAUGACUAAAUGUAAGAAUCUUAAUCUAUCCACAAAUAAUAUCCAAAAAAUCGAGAAAGAUGCUUUUAUAAACUUAUGGAAUCUUGAAGAUCUAAUAUUGAGUAAUAACUCUAUAAUGGACAUUGCAGAUAUAAAUCCUAGUGAAUUAUUUAAUAAGACUAAGAAUAUCAAACGUCUAGACUUAUCUAAAAAUUAUUUAACUAAUCUUGGUCAAAACGAUAGCACUAUAUUGAUCAGUGAAUCGCUAGAAGUGUUAGACGUUAGUCAAUGUCAAAUCGUCUCAUUGAUGGGUAAAAUUGUACUCAGCGGACUCAAAAAACUACAAUAUUUGAACUUGUCAAACAACCCAAUAGUAAUAUUUAGUGACCUGUUUUCGGACUCAAUUACUACAUUGAACUUACGUGGUUGUCUCCUCGGUAAUCUCGAAGAUAAUGCUCUGAUAGGAUUUACAAGCCUCAAACUAAUGGACAUUAGCCUAAACGACCAGCUAUUUAUCGACAAUACAAUACAGUCCAAAACGCUCAAAAUGCUUGACAUUUCACAGUGUUCAGUGCGCAUACCGAAUCUGGAGGGUAUGCUUGAUCUUAAUACUGUAUUUAUGAAUACUAAUCGAAUUAAAAGACUUGCAGCUUAUCAAUUUGCCAAUAACUCACAAAUAGUCAAUUUGGAUCUACACGAAAACCAUAUCGAAACUGUGGACCCAUUGGCAUUUUAUGGCAUGAAAUCGCUUAUGACGUUGGACUUGUCUACAAACUUUAUCGUAGAAAUCUCUUGGGAAUCUAUCAUGGCUACGUUGCCGGCCCUGGAAUCGCUGAACCUUUCGUUUAACUUCAUCUCUCAGAUUGGACGGCUGAAAUCAAACUCUCUCAGACGACUGAACCUCGAUCACUGUUGGGUCCAUUCGAUUCCAAAUGGGGCAUUCGUUCAACUAGAGAAAUUUGGUGAACUUAUCUUAUCCAAUAACCCAUUGCAAAUGUUACUACCGGGCAGUUUCAAUUCAUCACACCUGUGGUUUUUGGAUCUCAGCUAUUGUCGAAUAUCGCACCUGAUAUCGUACGAAUUUGUCAACUCACCCAAUCUUACCGAAGUAAGAUUAACUGGGAAUCGUUUAGUGGCUUUGAAAAAUGGCACGUUUAAUAAAUGCACUAAGCUAAAAUACGUUGAUUUGGACGACAAUCCAUGGAUGUGUGACUGUUACAGUGCUGAUUUUGCGUACAUGGCUGUACUGGCCAAUAGAACUACUAAACGUUCUCCAAUUGACAGGACGCCCAGCUGCCUAACUCCAGACAACGUUACCGGAAUGUUGUGGCACGUAGCGUGCGUCAACAGCCCCGUGUACACUCGAGACAACCGGAAGAACUUCUCGAUGGCCAUCGGCGUCAUACUCAUACUGUGCGUUUCCGGACUGAUGGCCAUAUUCGUGGCCGUCCACGAGAACAUGAAGACCCGGCAGAUGAUGCGCAGGCGACGGCAACUGGACGAUUACGGCAACCCCGACCGAUCGGGCGGAGCGGGUUCGACGAGUCCAGACGAAUACUUUGACGAGUACGCAGCCGCAGCCGAGUCGGCGCGUAAGAUGUCACAGCUUCCGUCGUACGAUGAGGCGGUCAUGUUGCCCAAGCCACCGCAAGAACCACGUUGGACCAAACGGCACAGCUGCACGCAGACAGACGAAGCGGAAUUGGCGGCCACCGCCGCGUCACCGUCCACGGGAGGUGGUGUCUACUGGUUACUGCCACCGCCCAACGGGUUACACGUCACCGAACUUUGACCAGUCUAGCACACUAUAUUUCCCCUCCCCCCUCUCAAAAAAAACAAAAAAACCUCCCGACCACUCAUCGCCCACAUGUACAACAUCAGGACUUCGAUCACGUUUUGAGUUUAGUACAUUUAAAAAUAAAGGCGCCCCCUCCCCCACUGCCACUCUUGCAUUUGACAAAACUUUUUUGCUAAUACUCGCAUUGUAGCGGUAACACAGUGCUUACUUGUACGAAUAUUUGGUAUUCAUCGCCUCCUGACGGCAAGGGGAGAGGUUUUGGGUGUUCAACCCCCCCCCCCCCCCCCGAAAAAUAAAAA